AUGCGUAAUUGGAAUCAUCUCCCGGCAGAAAUCAAACGGCAUGUCGUCAAGAAACUGGACUUCAUGAGCAGACACUCUCUGAAAAGUACGUCCCAUGUGGAUCGUCUCAUUGUGAAUUCCACGUGUUUCAAAGUGCCACGUGUCAGAUUUGGAUACAAACAAGAGAAAUGUUUGGUGAUGAUUUAUACGGGGAUCAAGAAGUUUCUGAGAUUGGAAUUGUCAAAGUGCAAGGAGGGGAUUCUGGUGGAGAGAUCUGAAAACACCUGGGACCAUCAAAAUAUCACCACAAAAAUCCUCCCGCCUUCUGAUGUCUUGAAAACCGGACUCACCAUCCUCAAAAAUCUCCUAGCCCAUGAAUCAAUCAUCAUCGAAGCCAUGGAAUGGGAUAUUCCACAAAAGUCAGAAGCUGUAAUACACGAGGAUCUCAUACUAAAACCGCUGGCCGGGUCGAAAUUCCGAAUUCAUGAUUUUGUGAUCCUGUGGGAUUCAAAGAGUAUCGAGUCAUUGAUCGAGAAGCUAUGUGUUGUGGAAGAAGUGAAAAUGAUUCGAUUUCUUGCAUUGGGACUUCCUCUGUCUUCUCUUGAUGUGGAAAAUGAGCUGGUACCACAAUUGAUUUAUGAACUUCAGAAAACGCCUCCAUCCGGUUUGAAUAUUCCUUGUCGACACCAACUAUUCCACAUGGAUAACUCUGCAGCGCACUUGUCGCAUUUAGAGCUCAGAGCCAAUUAUUUUCUUUCAUAUGUCAACAUUAUUGCUUGUCAUAUUCGAAGUGUGGAACCAUCGAAUAAUGAGCCAGAACGCAUUGAAAUUGAUGGAGGAGAAAUCGACUGGGUUUACACGUCGGAGUGUGGAAAGUGGGUUGCGAAGACUAUAGCGAAAAAUGAGGAGGUGGUUAAGAGGGAGUUGGAUGCAGAAAAAUGUGGGGUCGAUUACCUCUGCAAAAAGUGCACGGACUCGUUCAACUACUGGUACCACCAGAACUUGCCACGUCGGAUUAUGCAGGAGCCAUUCUGGAAUGAUAUUCUCUACACGUAUCCGGAAAUCAGGGAUUUUGAAUUUUGGAGUAUUUUUAACCUACGCGAAAAAUUUCUUGCCGAGGACGAGAGUUGGGAAAUGGAGGACAAGAAGACGUCAGCUUCUUGGGGAUUCAGGAACACCCCAACAUCGAAAAAACAAGCAGAAGCUGUCAUCCAAAAAUCUGAAAUCCCGAAUAAGUUCAAUUUUAAGAGUAUUUUAAUCUUCAUUGUGUUCCCAGUUCUCUUUUCUUUUGUAUUCUAUGUGGUCAUGUCUUUUUUCUAA